AUGUCUCGACCAGCAGUGAGCGUGCGUGUUAGGGGGAGAGAUGAGACCACGCUGGAAGUCCAGUUCGACGAUGCGGAGACCGUGGCGGACUUCAAGACUCGGGUGUUCGGCGAUGUCAUCGGAGAAGGCAAAAGGUGCCGGCUGAUCGCAAGCGGCAAGGAGCUGCAAGACUCACACAAGAUGGGCUCGUACCGCAUACAAGAGGGCUCGUGCAUGCACGUCAUGAUUAGCCAGAGGGGGUCGGUGGCAGGCGCCGAACGAGGGACUCCGUGUGCUGCUGCAGUACCACCAUCAGCAGCAGCAUCGACAUCGUCAUCUCGGGGCGUUGGUCGAGGGGCUGGGUCUGCGAUACUGUGCGCGCUUACCCUGGGGAUGGUGAUGGCCGCGUGGACGGUCUACAUGGUGUUUCCGGAGCUGUUCUCGUGCGCGGCGACAUGUCUCCUCCUGCUGCUCACGCUGCUGCAGCUGGCGGCGACGCUCCCCAUCCUCAAGCAGGCCUUGUCGGCGGCCCUCGGCGCUUGUUGGUGGAGACCAUGGGUCCGCCGGCCAUCCAGCGUUCCCGGCAGACGAAGGCAGUGACAAGCGAUUACCGUGGAGGAAACGCUGCCAAUAAUAGUGGGCGGAACUACUAUUUGGCCGGGUGUAAAAGUCUACAGCAGCUGUAGAUCAGCUCGGUGUUUGCUGGGCGAUACGAGGCGCUGACACGGCGCGAGCUGUACAGAGGCGGCAGGGCUAAGUCCAGCAGGCUCGUCGUCUCCGGCUUGUGUUUCGGGGCGUGGGCCAUGUAAUGUGUAUUGUGUAGCUAUGUGGAGCGACACCCAGGAAGAAAGAAUCGGGGUGAAUUUUUCCGUCCAUGACGUCAUCAAAAGAAGCAGACGUUAGAACGGGGCGGCUCGGGAUAGCUGCCGCUGAUGUAUUACAGUUCCCGGCGGCUUUGAAGCAGAAAAAAACCGCUGUUCUUCUAGAGCUUUCCCAACCGUGUAGCAAGCGACCUGCUAGGGGAAGAGGUGGUGGACUUCGGUACGCGAUGUUCGUUCCGUAGUAUUUUAGUGCGGCGUGUCGAAAAACGAUGUCUACCGUGGGCGUUGGACGUACGUGUGCAGCCUACGUGUUGGGGGGCGAGCAUAGCGCUUGUGAGGUGAUGGUGUGGUCGAUGGUUGUUGAUAGU